AUGGAGAAUCUACCAGUAUCACUGUUUAUUGAAACUACAUUGACAUCAUCGCCAACGCUGCCCCCUCGCAACAACAUUUCUUCUUCUUCUUCACAGAAAAAUGAGGCUCUUGAUUUGGCUUCUGCCACCCCAAAACAGUUGGUGUUAUUACUACAUGAUGUUAAUCUUCGCGAAGAGGUUAUCAAUCAACUAACUAAGAAGCGAGAAACAUGCACAGAGCUACCUUUGCUGUUGUGGAACACCUUCAAUGCAGUCUUCAUACUUUUACAGGAAGUGAUAGCAGUGUACCCAAAGUUGUCAACCUCAAUGGUAUCUAUUAAGGAGUCAACUCGAGUGUGUAAUGCCCUUGCUUUAUUUCAGUGUAUGGGAAAUCACCAAGAAACAAGAAGGGAGCUCAUAAAAGCUAAAAUACCAUUUUAUUUUUACCCAUUUCUCAAGACUAAUGGAAAAAAUGGAAAUGACAAGCCUUUGGAGUUUAUAAGGCUCACCAGCUUGGGUGUUAUCGGUUCUCUAACAAAGGUUGCAACACUCAUAGUUAUGAAAAUUUUGAUGCAAGAGGAAGGACUAAGCUAUUGUUGUGCGUUAGCUGAACGGUUUUACUCUAUAGUACAAGUCUUGCAUCGAGUGGUAGAGAAACUUUCUCAAAAACCCUGUAUACUGCUGCUAAGAUAUGUGAUACAGUCUUAUCUCUGUCUUUCACAAGUAUCAAGGUUCGUCAGGCCAUCUGAUGCAUUCAGAAGCCAAAUUCCUUGUCAGCUAUUCGACAACACCUUUAUGGACAUGCUUCGUGAUGACACCGAAACUUCAACGAUGUUGCAGCAGUUAUAUGUCCAGAUAAUGCGCUGAUCAAGACAGUAAUAAGAUGGGUAAACAUAGAUACAACUCUAUCCUCUAUACUAGUAGGAAAAGAGGACAUGAAACAGCAAAUAGCCUCAGUUGGCUCAUUUGGAAUUUUGUAUUGUGCUUCAACUGUAUUAUUCGUAAGGAUGCUGAUGCCAAAUGAGGCGUAAAAUGUUUCAACUUUUCAACAGUAAAAGCUCGAAA